AUGGAGCGAACUUUCCAGGAGGCUUUCGAGUUGGCGGACGAUAUCAUUGAAUCUGUCCGGCAGCAGCCGCCUCCUCCGAGACUCAUGUCCACCGGGGAAAAAUCUCUUCAUGAAAAACUGUAUGACAUUUAUGUCGAAGAGUGUGGAAAAGACCCCGAGGUGGAGGGCCUUCAAAGCAAUGUCAACUUGCUAGAGAAGCUUCUGAGAAGGGAGGCGUUGCCAUGUUUAGUGGUCAACCUGUACCCAGAAAAUCAGGGCUAUUCUCUCAUGCUGAAGGACAAAACUGGGUCGUUUUCAGAGACCUUUCAGUUGCCUUAUGAAGUACAGAAACUACUUGAAUACUUGGAUGCUGAAGAGUUACCUUCUUUUCUGAUUGAUGUCCUGGAAAAGUCUCCUGUGAAUGUAUUUCACUGUGGGUGUGUCAUAGCAGAGAUCCGAGACUACCGGCAAUGCAGUGACAUCCACCCUCCUGCGGAGCUUGGUGCAGAGCCUGCUGUGUCAUCUGAUGUGUCCUCUGCUGCGUCACCUCUUCCUGGUUACCAAACUCGGCAUAUUCUUUUACGGCCAACGAUGCAAAGUCUAGUAAGCGAUGUAGAGUCCAUUACAAGUGAUAACCGUCAGUGGACUGAGGAAGAAAAACUUGAGCUUGAGAGCCAACUGAUUUUAGCUACAGCUGAGCCGCUGUGUCUGGAUCCCUCUGUUGCUGUUGCCUGCACCGCCAACAGACUGCUGUUUAAUGAGCAGAAGAUGAACACUGACCCCGUGAAACAAUGCUUCAAGAGACGUGCAUCCCCCUCUCUGGAUCAACAGGAGGUGUCAUCUGGGUAUACAUGUCCCCCUGACUUCACAACUAUGACUUCUUUCAAAAAACAGGCAAAACUAGGGUCAGAUGACCCAUCUGACCUGACUGUUACUGAAACAGCUUCAUGGAUGCAGGGACCCUUUGAACUGACCACGCCUUCAGAGAUGGAUGUGCAGACAUAUAUUAACGAGGUGCCAUCUCUGCUCUUUGAUGAUGAAGAACCAAGUGUCCUGCAAGUUCCUGAGGUAAAAUACGACUUUAUGUUUGAUUAUGAGGAUGACAGUCAGCUAUGGGAAAUGAAUCCAAAUAUUAUGAAGUCCCUUAAUGAUGAUCCACUUUUCUCUGGUGACAUUGGGCCGUUUCCAGAGGAUAGUAUUGAUAGCCAUUUGUAUCUCCCUCACAUGUCCCUGGAUGAUUAUUCAGAUGAUUUCAUAGCUCGGAUAAACUCUGAGCCUAGGGAGACAGUGGAUAUGUGCCAAGGGUCUGACCAGAGUGAAGCCAGGUGUUCAGGCAAGAUGGCAGAGGGUUCUAGUAGCUCAGUCUGUCUUCCUGAGCCCUCCUUGGAAACAAAGCCCACAACCAGUCUGGUGCAAAAGCCCACAACCAGUCUGGUGUCAAAGCCCAAAACCACUGUGGUGUCAAAGCCCAAAACCAGUGUGGUGUCAAAGCCCAAAACCACUGUGGUGUCAAAGCCCAAAACCAGUGUGGUGUCAAAGCCCAAAACCACUGUGGUGUCAAAGCCCAAAACCAGUGUUGUGUCAAAGCCCACAACCAGUCUGGUGUCAAAGCCCACAACUACUCUGGUGUUAAAGCCCACAACUACUCUGGUAUCAAAGCCCACAACUACUCUGGUGUCAAAGCCCACAACUACUCUGGUACCAAAGCCCACAAUCAGUGUGCUACCAAAACCUGCAACCGGUCUGGUACCAAAGCCCACAAUCAGUCUGGUAGCAAAGCCCGCAACUGUUUUAGUGUCAAAGCCCACAACGGGUCCAGUCCCAAAGCCGGCAACUGGUCGGGGGUCAAAGUCCGCAACCGGUCUGGUGUCAAAGCCCACAAUCAGUGUGCUACCAAAACCUACAACAAUUUUGGUGCCAAAGCCCACAACUGGUCUUGUGUCAAAGCCCAAAACCAUUCUGGUGUCAAAGCCCGCAACCACUGUGGUGCCAAAGCCCACAAUCACUGUGGUGGCAAAGCCCGCAAUUAGUGUGGUGCCAAAGCCUGCAACCAGUCAGGUGUCAUCCUCAGUCUUAGAGCAGGAAAGCAGAAUUCCUCCACCACUUGCACUUACCCAUAUCUCAAAACAGGGCUCCGCAACUGUCAGCCGUGGUCAAGAUGCACCACGUGCUCCUAAGACAACCACUGUGGUUCAGCAGACCACUGUGAGCAUAAGCAGAGUUAGAACCCUUCCUCCAGCUGUCCAACCUAAUGCUAGGUCAUCAGAAAACAAGCCAAAGGUCCAGCACCCAGUCAGCACCACUACCACAACUGUAAUCAAUGUGUCCCAUGAAGGCACCGGCAAUCCAGGCCCAGCUCUCCACCGGGGUCAUGUAAAGAGAGCUUUGGAGGAGGGAGCCCAAGUAGCACGAAUCCAGUGCCACAAGAUUUGCUCCAGCCAUCCAGCCUUGAAGGCGCCGCGCCGCGGCCUGGCUAGCUUUGCACCUGCUCUUAUCCGGUACUGCCACCUAUUGGGCAAGCGCUUCCACAUGCUGCGGGACAAAUGA